GUGCUAUCAGCCAUGGUCAACCCCACCGUGUUCUUUGACAUGGAGCCCUUGGGCCGCAUCUCCUUUGAGCUGUUUGCAGACAAGUUUCCAAAGACAGCAGGAAACUUUCAUGCUCUGAGCACUGGAGAGAAAGGAUUUGGCUAUAAGGGCUCCUGCUUUCACAGAAUUGUUCCAGGGUUUAUGUGUCAGGGUGGAGACUUCAUAUGCCAUGAUGGCACUGGUGGCAAGUCCAUCUACGGGGAGAAAUUUGAUGACAAGAACUUCAUCCUGAAGCAUACAGGUUCUGGUAUCUUGUCCAUGGCAAAUGCUGGACCCAACGCAAACAGUUCCCAGUUUUUCAUCUGCGCUGCCAAGACUGAGUGGUUGGAUGGCAAGCAUGUGGUCUUCGGCAAGGUGAAAGAAGGCAUGAAUAUUGUGGAGACCAUGGAGUGCUUUGGGUCCAGGAAUGGCAAGACCAGUAAGAAGAUCACCAUUGCUGACUGUGGACAACUCUAAUAAGUUUGACUUGUAUUUUAUCUUAACCACCAGACCAUUCCUUCUGUAGCUCAGGAGAGCACCCUCCACCCCAUUCGCUCGCAGUAUCCUAGAAUCUUCGUGCUCUCAACUGCAGUUCCCUUUGGGUUCUAUGUUUUCCUUGUUCCCUUCCAUGCCUAGCUAGAUUGCAGAGUUAA